AUGGCGGCCGCCCCCGCGGGCCCCCAGAACCGCUGCGUCUUCGUUGGGAACAUUCCGUACGAUGCGACGGAGGAGCAGCUUGUGCAGAUAUGCGAGGAAGUCGGGCCCGUGGUCUCCUUCAGACUGGUUGUUGAUAAGGAAACCGGAAAGCCGAAAGGUUAUGGAUUUUGUGAAUACAAGGAUGAAGAGACAGCUCUAAGUGCACGCCGGAACCUUCAGGGUCAUGAUGUUAAUGGUCGUCAGUUACGUGUUGAUUUUGCUGAAAAUGGGAGGAACACUGACAGAAAUAGAGAAAAGGGUCGUGGAGGACCAGGAAUGUCAUCUACUGUUGAUGCUCAGAAACAAUUAACCACAACUCCCGCUGUAGGGGACACCAGCCUUCAUCAGCUUAUUGGUCUUCCACCGGCAAUACACGCUGCAUCUGUGAUGGCUGGCGUUCUUGGGGGAGCUCAAACUGCAAAUGUACAAAAUGGUUUACCUGUCCAAUUUGGGCUUGGAAACGACCCUCUUACCCAUUACUUGGCCAGGAUGUCAAGGCAUCAGUUGUAUCAAAUCAUGUCUGAGUUGAAGACCCUAACUACUCAAAAUAACGACCUUGCCAAAAAACUGCUGCAAGGAAUUCCACAGCUUCCAAAGGCCCUAUUUCAGGCACAGAUAAUGCUCGGGCUGGUGACACCUCAGAUGAUGCAGAUGGCUAAGAGCCAACAGCCCUCUAGCUCGUUGGCACAAUCUUCUCACCUCAAUGAAUCAUUUCCGCAGCCAGAUGCUGUGCUACCAAUUGUUCAUAGACCUCCACCAAACCCUAAUGCCAUGCAGGAACAAACUGCACCGCUGCAUAACUUUCCUCAGUAUCAGCAUUCAUCUCAGCCUCCAGUCAAAAUGUUUCCGCAUGGACAUCAGCCUGGGGUGCUGGCACACCCUCCAAUGCUAUCUCAGCCCUUCGGCACCUCUUCCAGUGUUCCUACUCAACCCCUUGUAAACUCAGGAGGCUUGACAUCACAAGUUCAGCCUUCAUUUUUGACACAGCACCCUAGACCACCAGUUAUGCCAACUAAUGUACAGCAACUACCCUUGACCAAUCCUCAUCUCUCCCAGGUUGCUGCUGAACCUGAGAUACUCCCCAAUGAGAUAAGAUUGCCUGAUCGAGCUAGUCAUCAGGCAGAGUUAGACCAUCCCUCGAAAUUGAGAAAAUUGGAGGAUGGAACAUCAACGCCAGGAAUUGUAAACAAUAGUCCUGCUGUUUAUUCUGCUCCAUCGCAGGUAGUGGUCCCUAGUGGACCAUCAGGGAGCUAUAGUUCUGGUGCUGUUCACUUCCAGCAACCAGAGAAUGAAGCGCCUCAGCUCACACAGGACGAUGAGUCAGCCCUUCUGCAGCAAGUCUUACAACUGACACCUGAGCAGCUGAGUUCAUUGCCAGUGGAGCAGCAGCAGCAGGUGAUACAGCUUCAGAAGAUGCUAUCAGCUGGUAAAUAG